GUUUGCCACGUUCCAAAGGACCCAGACUGAUUGGGAAGCCGAAGGCUGCUCGCGCUCAAAGGCGGUUGCGCCGUGCCAGAAGAGCCCCAAGUCUGCAGGGGGCGGGAAGCGCGGCAGGAUCCGCCCCCUCAUAGAAGCCCUUGUGAUUGGCCUUGUCCCCGUCACUCAGCCUUCCGCCGGCGAGGAGGGGAAGGCGGGCUCAGCCGGGAAGGGGCGUGGCCAGGCGCUGGCAAGGCGCGCGCUCUCGUCCGCAAAGGCAGUCAUAGGUUCCACGCACGCCAGAGCCGGGCGCGCGCAGCCGGCAAGUGGGGAGAGUCCUCGGAGGCGCGGCUGGAAGUGCAGAGAUACGGGCGCUGCUGCAGGAGAUUCGGUCCGCACCCGCUGCAGCCCCCGCCCCAGUCAGCGGCCCUGCGCCCCGUGUGUCACCGCACUGUCGGAGCCCGCAGCUCUCUCCUGCUGCAGCGGUGCGCGCGAUGGCUCCGCGCAAGAACGCCAAGGGCGGCGGCAGCAACAGCAGUUCCAGCAGCAGCGGCGGCCCGAGUACAGGCGCCAGCGGCGGCAGCAGCCCCGGGGCCCGCAGAGAGACAAAACAUGGAGGACAGAAGAAUGGAAGGAAAGGAGGACUUUCUGGAAGUUCAUUUUUCACCUGGUUCAUGGUCAUUGCACUGCUGGGAGUCUGGACAUCAGUAGCUGUCGUCUGGUUUGAUCUUGUUGAUUAUGAGGAAGUUUUAGCCAAAGCAAAGGACUUCCGUUAUAACUUGUCUGAGGUACUUCAAGGAAAACUAGGAGUCUAUGAUGCUGAUGGUGAUGGAGAUUUUGAUGUGGAUGAUGCCAAAGUUUUAUUAGGCCUUAAAGAAAGAUCUGCUUCAAAGCCAGCAGUGCCACCAGAAGAGGAUGGGCCAUACCCCUGGCUGGAGGACCGGGCCCCCGAGGGGACGGGACCACAGAAUAUCGAAGAUGAUGUACAAGAACAAAUUCAUUCCCUUCUCCAUGACACAGUAUACGCAGAACAUGCAGAAGACCUGCACGAAGAAGAGGAUGGGCCAGUGAAGGACCGACACCCGGAAGAUGGCGAGCUCUUUGCAGGUCAUGAUGUGGAUGACGGAUCUGAGCCCCAGGGAACUGAAACAUUUCAUGAAGAAACUGAAGAUAGUUACCCUGUAGAAGAGACUGCUUCACAGGCCUAUAAUCAGGAUGUGGAAGAGAUGGUGUAUGAGCAGGAGAGUCCAGAUUCCAUUGAACCAGUAGCAGAUGAUGAUGAAAGAAUGAACCAUGUGGCAGAUGACAUAACAUACCAAGACUAUAAUGAACAAGAAGUAUUUGUGCCCCCUUCAGAAGAUCAAGAGGAAAUACCACCAGAAACAAAUAGAAAAACAGACAAUCCAGAACAAAAAGAAAAAGUUAAGAAAAAGAAGCCUAAACUCUUAAAUAAAUUUGAUAAGACUAUUAAAGCUGAACUUGAUGCUGCAGAAAAACUCCGUAAAAGGGGAAAAGUCGAGGAAGCAGUAAAUGCAUUUGAAGAACUAGUUCGCAAAUACCCACAGAGUCCACGGGCAAGAUACGGGAAGGCACAGUGUGAAGAUGAUUUGGCUGAGAAGCAGAGGAGCAACGAGGUAUUGCGCAAGGCCAUCGAAACCUACCAAGAGGUGGCCAGCCUGCCCAAUGUGCCCGCAGACUUGGUGAAGCUGACUUUGAAGCGGCGGUCAGACAGACAACAAUUUUUAGGUCACAUGAGAGGCUCCCUGCUUACCCUACAUAAAUUAGUUCAACUAUUUCCUGAGGAUACUUCUCUGAAGAAUGACCUUGGGGUGGGGUACCUGCUGAUAGGAGAUAAUGACAAUGCCAAGAAGGUUUAUGAAGAGGUUCUGAAUGUGACACCUAAUGAUGGCUUUGCUAAAGUGCAUUAUGGCUUUAUCCUGAAGGCACAGAAUAAGAUUGCUGAAAGCAUUCCCUACUUAAAGGAAGGAAUAGAAUCUGGGGAUCCUGGCACUGAUGAUGGGCGAUUUUAUUUCCACCUGGGGGAUGCCAUGCAGAGGGUUGGGAACAAAGAGGCACAUGAGUGGUAUGAACUUGGGCACAAGAGGGGACAUUUUGCAUCUGUCUGGCAGCGCUCACUCUACAAUGUACAUGGCCUGAAAGCCCAGCCUUGGUGGACCCCAAAGGAAACAGGCUACACGGAAUUGGUGAAGUCCUUAGAAAGAAACUGGAAGCUAAUCCGCGAUGAAGGCCUUGCAGUGAUGGACAAGGCCAAAGGCCUCUUCCUGCCCGAAGACGAGAAUCUGAGGGAGAAGGGAGACUGGAGCCAGUUUACACUGUGGCAGCAAGGAAGAAAAAAUGAAAAUGCCUGUAAAGGAGCUCCCAAAACCUGUUCUCUACUAGAUAAAUUCCCCGAGACAACAGGAUGCAGAAGAGGACAGAUCAAAUAUUCCAUCAUGCACCCAGGAACUCAUGUGUGGCCACACACGGGGCCCACCAACUGCAGGCUCCGCAUGCACCUGGGCUUGGUGAUUCCCAAGGAUGGCUGCAGGAUCCGAUGCGCCAACGAGACCAAGACAUGGGAAGAAGGCAGGGUGCUUAUCUUUGAUGACUCCUUUGAGCACGAGGUGUGGCAGGAUGCUGCGUCUUUCCGGCUGAUAUUCAUCGUGGAUGUGUGGCACCCAGAGCUGACACCCCAGCAGAGACACAGCCUUCCUGCCAUUUAACAUGUCAUGCAGGCUGACACACUGGAAAGAGGCUGCCUUUCUGGUUCUGUCUCCUUGGUUGCAGGGAUAGAAGUUCCAAGUCCAAGGCCCUUAAUUCCCUUGACUCAGAGUCUGAAAAAUUCUAAACCUCCUUCUAGCAUUAGAAGACACGAAGGGAGUAUUUGCCAUGCUGUGUUAUUUAGAAAAUGCUCUGCUGCCUUUCACCCUUGGCAGUCCUGAGCUGAUGCCUGUAUUUCAGGUGACACACGAUAGCUUCCACCAUGCCAGCCAAAGAUAUUUUUUCCACUUAGAAUAGACCUAAACCAGUGUACAAUAAGAAAUAUAUAUAUAUAGAAACUGUGAAUGGAUUGCUUUAGUUUGUAAUUUUUCUAUGAAACUAUAUUUUUAUAGGGUAGCUAGACGAUUUUGUCAUUGCACACCACUACUUUUUUGUUGAUUUUUAAUAGCAAGCUGUGUAAAUGCUUUACUUCUAGCUGUUUAAUGGCAACUUUCCUGGUGAACUUGGACUUCCCUCUUUUAAUUAUUUUUAUUAAAAAACACUCAUAUGAAGGAAGCAAUUUUAUUUUCCUAAUACAAAGGAGAAAAAUGUCAUUAUGCCAAUGUCUGUGAACAGUGCUGCUCUCUACCCAUUGAGUCUAUUUGCUUUUUUACCUUCAUUAUGAGCCAGUGUAUUAAUUUCUCUCCUUACUAUGUGAAUGGUGGAGAUACUGUCAAAAUUGUUUUUCUUUCUAAGAGGAACUUUUUACACUGAAAAGAGACAUGGAAUCAUUUUAUAUUGAGUUAUAAAAAUGCCACAUGUAAAUUUUAAUGCCAAGAAUUAGGACUUGGUGGGGAGAAAAGGUAAAAUUUCUCAGAGCAAAAAUGUUCUGUCCCUAUCAGGAAGACAGGUGGCUGCUAGGAUAUCUGGCUCCUUGGCCUCUUUGCCGUCUAGGAGAGAGGGCCAGCAUCCAGAGUCUUUGUGUAUUAUAGGUCCAUGUGAGUGUCCCAUCACAAUUUUGUAAAACAUAAAGGAUGGAAGAGUGGACAACAGAGAAUACCAAAAUCCUUGUCCUGGUUUUAAGUUUGCCUUCCUCUUUGAAAGUUUGGAAGACUUUUCCACCUCACUGGCUUGAGAAACCUCUGCCACUUAAACAUCACUUUGAAAUAGCAAUUAUGCAUUGUUUAGCUUUACUGUUACCCACAGCAUUAGAAAUAACAGUUGAAAACUGGUCUUGCGUGCUCUUUCCAAAGGUGAAUAAGUCAUUAGUUUAGAAGAGUAUUAAUGUGUUAAAUUUUGUCAUUUUUAAAUCAAAGCUAACUGGAGAUACUAGUUUUAAGAAUGUAAUGAUAUUCAUGCACCUGAAUUUUAAGCCAGCAUGAACAAAAAUGCAGAAAUGACACAUAGGUUACCAAAUUUCAUUCACAGGUAGAAAAUACUUGGCUUUCUUUUCCAUGUAAGGACAAAGAUGCUUUCUUUAUCUCAUUUAAAGAAUACCAUUCUUCAGAAUUGAAAUGGACCCUGCUUGCUUGUCCUUAUAGACACUAGCUUCCAGGAGAAGAGUUUGCAAAAUACUUAUCCUGUCCCCUUCUCUGUUGAUAAUGUUUAAAAAUCCCACUAAAAUAGAUCAAGAAGCAUGCGAGGAAAAAUAUCAAAAUUAAUUACUGAAGUCAGAAGGAAAAACCAAGCUCUUAAAACAUAAAAAGGUAUUUGUGUCCUUCAGUAUUUAUUGAACAGAAGAAAUGACCGAUAAAGGACAAUACAAUCCAAUGUUCAUGUAGUAACAUUCAUGUCCCUUACUGAAUUUGGUUCUUGUAUGUAUAUUGCAUACACAAAGAAAUUCAAAGUAUAAAUUGUCACUGUUAAACCAUCAGCUUACAUUCAUUUAAUGAAACCAUGGAAUAGAGUAAAAUCUAAAUCUUAACUUAAUAUUUAUAAUAUGUUAUUUAAAAUCAGGUCACUACUAAAUAUUGCCAAUUGAAAAGCCAAAAUUAUUAUCACCACUGCAAAGUGUUCGCUUUAAUCAACUCCAAUAGCAUUUUAAUACCUUGGAUCCCACCCAGAACUCUUUUAUAAAUCCAAGUAAUAAAAUGGAUUAUCUAAUUCACUUUAAUUCUUCAUCUUCUUUCCCUAUGUCAUGGAAUAUGGAAAAAUGUUUCAGUCACUGCACUGGUGGUAGUAUUUCAAUGUUGUUUUGUUACACAAAAUGGAUUGGUUUUAUUUAUACUGUGAUACAGUUGGUUGAGAAAUAUUUUUAAUUCUACUUCAAUUUUAUUUCAAGGGUGGAAUACAAAAGUGACUCCUCUUAUUAUUUUAUACCAGUAGAAAAAAAUUAAGACACUACAUCCAUUGAGAAAGAUAUGUAAUAAAUAGUUAAGAUUAGUACUAGUAUCUAUUGGGGGUGAUUAUGGCCAGUUGAACCAUCUUGUUUCUUUGAAUUUUUUAACUAACCCUCCCAAAAACUACGAUGUAAAAUCAUAUUUUACUUCCCAUUAUCAACUAAAAUACUUUUUAUUUGACAUUGAGCACCAACUGGUCAUACUAAUAAAUGCCAAUGUCAUGCAGAUGGCUGAGAGAAGAAGAGAUAGCUAGGAACAUACAGUUGGUUUGGGGAAACAUAGCACAAGUAAGGAUAUCAUAUCCUAUGAUAUCUGUUUAUUUGUAUCUAAUUUCCUUUGAAUGGAUAGUCGGGGGUCUCCAUUUCUGAAGAGAAUAGACAGAGAAAUAAAAUGAUCUUUGGCAUUUUAUCCUGCAUUCCUAAUCUGUUAUUUUCAUUUCUUGCAUAUUUAGCCAUCCAUAAGGGUCUUCCUCCAUAGUUCACACCUACCCUCUCAGCAACAGCCAGGUCCCUUCUUCACACUUACUGGUUGCGCGAGGGUGGGGGGUUAAAUGCUUUAGUAGCAUUUUUCUUUGCCGUAAUGACCUAAGUGAGGCAAUUUGAAUGGACUCAUUAAUCACUGACGUGUUUUCAGUGAGACCCCACCCUCCCUCUGCAGAUACAUGUUGCCCGUGGGAAGUCACAUUAUUAUGUUGAAAUAAUCAUACUUCAAGUUGUGUGUGCCUUCCUUUAAAAGUCAGAUCAUGAUCAUCAGCUGGUGGCCUGACAAUUAGAUGUGACAUAAAAAUCAUUCUUGCAGGAUAUCAAAAUAAGCAAACUCAGCAAAUAGCUAGAUGUACACAUACAUCUUAGGCUGGACAAUUUGAUGCUGGUGAUGAGGUCAAAGAAAAUAAUUCAGUAAGGAUGGCUAUUACUGUAGAUACUAUUGUCUCGGGGCUUUGCACUACAUUAAAUUUGACGAUUGUGUCUGUACAUUUUAGUUCUGAUGCAUCUACUUGGAAAUGCAUAUAAUCUUAAAUUGCAAAACCGGGGGAAGACAUCCUUACGGUGCCUCAGAAAAAUCCUUAUCCUAAUGCAGAGUGUAUGUGAAAUUUAGUUUUUCUUUUUUCAAUUCAAUUAAUACCAUAAACGUGGGAGGGCAGACUCUUGUUUACAUAAAUGCCUUGCUUCAUCCUCCAAUCCCAUCACGGAGAAAAAAAAGGCAUCUCUCAACUCUUUUGUUCAAUUUUGGCUGCUCAGACCAACAGCUGGUGACAGUCACUACUAGGUGGCAGGAGUGGAGGGCCUUAUGUCAAGCUGAAUGCACGUGUGUGGGGGAAUCGUUGCACAUGUGCUUCCUGCUGGCUGAUACCACUGAUGGCUGGCAUUAUGCAGGGACACAGGGUGACCGGGGUUCAGUCCAGAGCCAGGAGCGGCUGAGUGUUCUCAUUCUCUCCUUUCUCCUCAUGUUUCAGGGUCCCAGCUUCUACCACAGACUGAGACCUAAUAAUAGGGGAAGGAAAAAGAUAUGAUUACAAACAAUUCAUGAUGGCAACAAUUUUAGAACUUUGGAGGGCAUUCAGACAUUAUGUGUCCCUUACAAGUCAAGACAUUCAAAAUAACUAUAUAAUAUUUCCCCUUGUUUAACUCUGUUUUCCUUGCUUUUGUGUCUUCUACACCAUAUUUUUAUGGGGCGAGUCAUUGUGGAAUCUUCUCUGAAAUGUCUUGUGUUGGUGAAAGGAGCACAUGUUCUAGCCACAACUCUGCCCCGGUGUCUAAACAUUCUGUGGAUCUCGAGAUGUAUAAACUCAAAUAAAUUUUGUUGGAUUUUUAAUGUUUCAAAA